UAUUUGGUUUUACUGAUGAUUUGAAAUAUGUCGUUUAGACAUAAGCUUUGGCAAACAGAUUUUGAGAUUGCGGUGUUCCUUGAUUCAAGUAGAUAGGUGCUGCACUGUCAUGACUGGAAAUGCUCUACCGGUAGCGUUCCAAACAUGGCCUGACUUGCUAGAAACACUUUGGCAUCUUCCCAGUUACCGGAAGUGCUUAUUUACGGACCAACAUGUUUAGCUUAACGCAAGCGUUAUCACGGACAAUUCCAAUCUGAUUUGUAAAGGUACUAAUGUUGCGCAAAUUAAACUGAUUUCAUUUCGCUGGAACGAUUCAUUGUGUUCGCUGGGUGCCUUGGUGGAGCUGCAAACCACAUCAGUCAAACAUCUAAACUCUUCUCUCUUCCUUAAACAUACAACUUUCGACACUUUUAAAGACCUCUGUCUCUCUGGCACCCACAUGAGCGCAGUGUUCUAUUCCCGCUGGGCCGAGCGCCAUGCCUGACCGGGAUAGCACCUACCUGGCAGGUGGCGGUGGUGGAGGUAGUGGGACUGGGGUGGGCACUGGGGUUGGGGAGGAGGGCAGUUCAGGGUCAGGUUUGGGUGGAGGGGUAGGAGAAGGUCGAGGGACCGUGGGGGGCAGUUCAACAGGUUGUGGAGGGGGUAACGGGGGUCCCGGGGCGAUGGGAGGCGGCGGGGCAUUAGGAAACGGGAAUAGCUGCGGUGGUUUUGGCUCCGGUUUGGGACUCGAUGGCGUUUGCCGGGACUUUUUGCGGAACGUGUGCAAGCGUGGCAAACGUUGCCGUUUCCGCCAUCCGGACUUCAAUGAGGUUCCUGAUUUGGGAGUGCAGAAGAAUGAAUUCAUCUUCUGUCACGACCACCAAAACAAAGAGUGCGUGCGCACCAAUUGCCGAUUUGUUCACGGAUCUAAAGAGGACGAGGACUAUUAUAAGAAAACUGGCGAGUUGCCCUUGCGACUAAGGGGGAAGGUGGCUGCCGGAAUGGGACUGUCCCCUACCGAUCUUCCCUUGAGCCGUGGUGAAGUCCCCAUUUGCAGAGACUACCUGAAAGGCGAAUGCCAGAGGGGCAACAAGUGCAAGUUCCGUCACGUGCGGAAAGACUACGAGUACGAGGCUUCGUCGAGGGUCGGGGUUGGAUGUAUGAUGGGCGUUACAGGUGGGGUUAGUGGGAUGGUAAACACAGGUGGAGGAGGGGCAGUUGGCGUUGGUGUUGCCUGUGGUGGGAUGUCUGGACUUGUUGGGGGUGGUGUAGGUAAUUACAUGGGGAUGGGAUGUCCCAACAUGGGCGGAUGCAGAGAACAAGGACUAUCGGGUGGAGGGGGAGGCGGGGGUUCGAUGAGUGGCUGCAUGUCAAUAGGCACUGCCAGUCAUCGACGUUACGACAGAGGCCCAUGCUCAGUUUAUGACCCCCUUUUUGAAAAUGGCUUGUUUGAAGCAGGGCCAGUGGAAGCUCCUGUUGACUACACAGCCCUCCAGCUGAAGAGACGGCGAUUAGAAGGGUUGAGAUUGGCUGAUGGGGCUGGAGGAGGACAUUAUGACCUGGGGGUUCAGGCCACCCUGCCAACCCGACCACUAGAAUACCGUUUACUAGAAGAGGAGAAUGCCUUAUUGAGGAAAAGAGUGGAGGAGCUUAAGAAACAGGUUUCCAACCUGUUAGCCACCAAUGAGGUCCUCUUGGAGCAGAAUGCUCAGUUCAGAAGUCAAGCUAAAGUGAUGACCCUGUCCUCCACCCCUGCACCGUCCGAGCAGAGUCUGGCACCCCCUGUUGGUUCCGUGAGCUCCUACAACCACGGCAUCGCCCAGACGCACACCACUCUUAGCAGCGCCGGUCUGCAGCCCCGCCCCGUCACCCAACAAGAUUUGGUGGCCCCAUCAGGCGCGCCAACCGCACCUCAAGCAAAUGCAGCACCCCCCACCGCACCACCACCCCAUCUGAAUCCUGACCCCAUCUCAGCUGCACUGGCUCAGACUAUUGCCCAGGGAAUGGCACCACCUGUUUCCAUGGCCCCUGUAGCAGUUUCAGUAGCGCCAGUUGCCGUGUCAAUGGCACAGCCGUUGGCGGGCAUCACAAUGAGUCAUGCCACAACGCCAAUGGUGACGUACCCCAUCGCCAGUCAAAGUAUGAGGAUCACGACUUUGCCUCAUUAACAUGGGCUGAUCUCUUAAAGGGAUAGUUCACCCAAAAAUUAAAAUUUGUGCCGUUUCAAACUUGAAUGAC